AGGCAUAUUCUUCACUUUUUUCCCUGUUGCAUAAAGUUUUUUGCAAAACAAAAGCUCAACUUUGCUGAGGAAGUAAUAGAUGGAACAAUUCACUGUAAACCAGGAGCAGCAGAAGUUCUGGUGCAAGACAUCUACUCAAUGCUAACAAAUAGACGACUUAGAAGCAUUCAAGACAGGGAGGUUGAUUUUACAGACUACUAUUAUCAGGCACAGUUACCCAUGGCUGCCAGAUCAACAGCUUCAAAGGCUAUCAAGAAUAACAUUAAGCUAACUGAAAUAAUGACUGAGCCCAGUGUGAACAUAAAUAGACAGAAGGCUAAUGCAAUCAUUAAUAUGCACAUGAGAAUGAGAAUGCAAGAGAGGGAAGAGGAUCCACAGCGCUUUAACAUUAAACCAAGUUUGGGACAACGUGCGCUUUGCCAUCCUUCUUGUACCACAGCCUCUGAGAACACAGUUAGUAUCCUGAAGGAAAAAUUUUUUGCUGCAUCAUAUUCCUCUGAAAUCAGAGGCAAAACAGAUGUUCAUUUUAAAGAAAUCCAGGUGAAACAAGCUGACAGAUCCCCUGUUGAGAUGGGAUGAUGUUUGACACCUCCAGCAGACCACUGAAAGAAUAAGCUGAACCUGAGGCAAAAUCCCAGUGAGUGGAACUUUAAAACACAAACCCUGUUCUGAUUAGGGUGGUGGUGAUUGCUUCAGCAGCAAGGAGAGACUGAAGUUUACCGUGUGUUAAAUACAAAGUGAUUCCAUUCUAAACGAAAUAAAUUAAAAACUUAAUGUCAUUAAUUGUCACACUUUAAAAUAAUACUUUUGCUUAAUAUUUGUAAUCUCUGCAAUAUUGUAAUUUCUGUUUGUAUAACAAUGCUGUCUAACUUCCUCUUCAGCUUCAUUUCUUAAUAGAGUUGUUUUACUAUUUUAAGUAAUCAGUGAAAUUUUUAGUUAACCUGAGUCAUGCCCUCAUAUCUUGACCUAUUGCACAAGUGUACAUCAGGUCUUCACAAGUCCUUUUCAAGAUUACUAAAAAAAUAAAAGUUGAUUUUUUUUUUUUUUCUACCUACAGCAAAGAUGA